AUGGAAAUUUAUAAAUUAAAUGCAUCUCUUAAUUGGGAUUCCUAUGAAGACACACAUCCAUGGGAUUUAGAUUAUGCUACCUUUGAUGUAUCUAUGAGAUUAUAUCCCACUCAUUCGAUACAACUACCAAUCAAUUUCAUACAAUUAGAUAAAAAGAUUGGAUAUUCUAUUGGUGCUGAAUAUUUUUAUGAUUUAUAUCAAACGAGUCAUCAAAAUUCUCAUUUUCUUUACAAUGAUGAUGAUGUUGAAGAAAUGCAAAGAGAACAAGAAGAAGAAUAUAAUCAAUAUACAAGUUUUUAUAAUGCAACGUUUCAACAAGAGAAUCAUCAAUCAUCAGAAACUGGACCACAUUCAACACAACACAAUGAUCAUUCAGAUUUUAAUACAAGUCGAGAUCGAGAAUUUUAUCAAUACAAGAUUUAUGAAGAAAAGAAUGAAAAGACGAGUAGUAAUGAAAAUGAAUCAUUGAAUCAUCAUUCAGUAUUGAAGAAACAUUACUUGAAUCAGUUUUUAAAAAAAUUAUUUAAUUUUUUAGAUAUGAAAUAUAUUUAUGGAAUUUUGAAAUGUCAUUUACAUCGACCUUAUCCUACUCAAACUCAUUCUAAAACUCAAUUAUAUUUAAUUAUUAUGAAUUAUCUGAGUUGUAUCUUUGGAAAAUAUAAAUUCUCUACUAAUUUUGGAUAUCAUAUGAAAAUGAAAGAUUUAAUUACUAAAAUCAUGUUAAGAAGGAAAUUCUAUAUUCCAUACUUGGAAAGACAAUUAUAUCUCUCAGCAAGUGUGAUGAAUUUUCAUAACUUGGAAAAAUUACUAUAUGGAGUAUCUGCAUCUAUUAAAGGUUAUUCGUUACAAGUGAGAUCAAACGCAUUAGAUUUAUGGUCUUAUUUGAAUAUAUCUUUAACCAAGAGAGGAUUAUUAUGGUCUCCUUUUACACAAUCUUCUCAAUCCCUAUUUUUACAAAAAUGGAAAGAACAUUAUGAAAAUCAACAAGUAUUUUCUACUGUGGAAUUACCUCCACCUCCAAAAAUAGAUUCAGAAUUGUAUCCUGAAUUGAGAAUACUUGAUGAUAAAACUUCUAGGUUCAACAAUAUGCACACCAUAAUUGUGGUCAUGAACAAGUUUAGAAAUGUUCUCGUUCAAAUUUCAAAGAUUUUGAGAUACUUGAUUGAUUUACAAGUAGCAACAGCAGAGACCACUCUGAAAGGAUUAUUUUCUUCACCCAACAAUGAUAAAACAUCAUCUAAUAGAGUUGCAGUGAAGUCUAUCUAUCAUUAUAUUUCGAGCAAAUUUUAUGAGCAAUUAUAUUUAUUUAGUGUUGGAUUGAGAUCGAGAUGGUCGAUCGAGUAUUGCACAGAAGAAGAACCACUCGAGAAUGGACAAGAUGAAAACAUUACUGCUGUGAAACGAGCUCCAAAACAGCACAAAACUAUUAGAAUACCUAUUGAAUUAGAUUGGGGAUGUGAAUGGUUUAGACUUUGGUGUUUUGUCGAUUUGGUGAUUAUUGACAUUGACGAAUUUGUCAAGUAUUGGUGGAACCGAUUGCUCAACCUUAAGAAUACAGCUCGAACAGCGCACUCUCUUUCAGAUAUUUGGCGAUUUAGCACCAUUACAUUCUGUGUCACAUUAUUGGAUGUAUAUACCUUGUUUUCAAAGACUUGGCAAUUGGCUCAAUUACUUGGCAAAAAGACGGCUGUGCCUUAA